GCGUAAUAAAUACCUGGGCGAGGCGAGAAGACGAUUACCGGUUGUCUCGUAUUAGUACAAAAGGGACUGUCAGUAAAUUAGAGCACCGUGAGUUUGAAAAUGGCUGGAGGGAUAAAGAAGUUCUACGAUUUCUCUGCUAAGAUCCUGAACACCGGAGAAACGCUGAAUUUCUCCAAGUUCAAAGGCAAAGUGGUGCUGAUCGAGAAUGUGGCGUCUCUCUGAGGCACAACCACCAGGGACUACACCCAGAUGAACGAGCUCCAGGAGCGCUACGGCGGCCAGGGACUUGUUGUGCUGGGGGUGCCCUGUAACCAGUUCGGAUACCAGGAGAAUUGCAAGGGUGAUGAGAUUCUAAUCUCUCUGAAGUAUGUCCGUCCGGGGAAUGGGUUUGUGCCUAAUUUCACCUUGCUUCAGAAAGUUGAUGUGAAUGGGAAGGAAGCAGACCCCAUGUUCACUUUCCUGAAGGAGAAACUGCCCCACCCCAGUGAUGACCCUAUGUCCCUGAUGACUGACCCCAAGUUUAUUGUGUGGAGCCCCGUCUGCAGGAAUGACAUAUCCUGGAAUUUCGAGAAGUUCCUCAUUGGCCCCGACGGGGAACCAUUCAAGCGCUACAGCAGAAAGUUCCUUACUAUUGAUAUCGAAGGUGACAUCAAGAACUUGCUGAAGCUGGUGAAAUAGAGCGUCCGUAUGUCCUGCCGUCACAGAGACACAAGCAGUGCUUUAAAAAACUGCCUGUGCUUUCUCGUGCUCGGUGCUGCUGUAUUUAGACAUUUACUGUAUGAAGGUACCCUUUAAAACAUAUUGGGAGAAGGGUGUCUGAUGUAAAUGUAAAUGUCUGAAAUUACAUUAGUGCUUGGCCCCUGUAAAGCAUGGUUCAGUCUGAAGUUUUGUAAUGUCAAAAAAUAAAGUGUUCUUACUUAA